AUUGUUUACAUUAAUUGUGCUUCUAGUUUGGUUUGAUAAACAAAUCUAGAUUUGUUGUUAUUUAAUGGAUAUGGAAUCAUGUUUAUUGUGUCUGGAUACUGAAAGCGUUGUAGUCGGAAUUGUAAGAGUGAAUUCAAUAGAAUGGCAAACAGAGAAUAUGAAACAUUUAAUAGAGAAACACUUGUGGUCAAUGGAUAUUUCACAUACGUCCAGUUGGAUAUGCACCAGUUGUUGGCAAGAGUUGGACAAUUUUCACAAAUUUUAUGAACGCAUAGAACAUGCUCAUGCAAUAUUGGCUAAAAACAUUGAAACAGUGGACGUAAAAGAAUCGAUGCAAAAUGAAUUAAAAAGUCCAAAUGUAUAUAAAGAAGAAUUAAUUGAUAGUUCUAUUGAAACCGAGAUAUUAAUGGAACAGCCUUUAACAACAGAAUAUGUGACAGAAAGUGAAAAUCCCUUAAUCAAAGAAGAACAAGUCGACGAAACAUCGCCUGAAGAGAUGCCUCUUAAGCAAAGACGCAGAAGGGGACGGCCAACAAAAGCUGUGGUGAGUGAUUUAACAAAUAGUACUGAAGAUCCGCUAAAGAAAAGAAAAAAGGUUAAAGUUAUUGAAAAAAAUCAAAAAAGUAAAGAUAUUUCUAAAACUCCAAACGACCAAGCUGAGAGCUCUUUUAUAGACAAUGAAAAACCUGUGGUAAAGCAUGAAACAAAAGAACCUGAUAUCUUAGCGAGUGCUAUUGAAAAUGAUGAAUCUGACACGGAAUAUGAAGAACACCAUGACAAACAAUCCUUUGCAUUUUGUAAGAAAAAACGCAAAAACCCUGACGAGAAGACCCGAAAAGAACAUGAUAAAAUUAUAGCUGAAUAUUUCAAAAUAUUCUGUAGUCUUUGCCAAAUACCCAUUGAAAAUUUUAUUGCAUUACGUAAACACUUUCGCGAGGAACACAGUAAACGAGGCUUUGUAAUAUGUUGCAAGAAAAAAAUUUUCACUCGUCCCAUUCUAGUUGAUCAUAUACACUUUCAUUUGGACCCCAACUAUUUUAAAUGUAAACAAUGUGAGAAAGUAUACUCCGAUCGCUGUACUUUAGAGAGUCACAUGAAAAUCCACGAAGAUGGUCAACAAGAUCGUAACCACAACUGUAAUACAUGUGGCAAAUCAUUUGUGGGCACUACACAAUUAGAAAAUCAUAAACUCACUCAUGCUCCAGAUUAUGAAAAAAAGUUUUCGUGUAACGAGUGCGGCAAAUUUUUUACUACAUUGUACAGCCUAAAUUAUCACAUACAAGCAAUACAUCACAAUAAGUAUGUUAAAAUUUGCGAUAUUUGUGGCAAAACAAUGCGCUGUCGAAAUUCAUUUAAACUGCAUAUGGAGAAACAUGAUAACAAACUAGCAACUCCUAUUAAUUGUGAUAUUUGUGGUCUACGUUUAAUUGAUAGGCGUGGCUUAAGACGCCACAAAAAUUCACAACAUCCUGUUGGAGGCAAAAAAGAAUACUCCUGCCAUAUAUGCUCGAAAGUAUCGCCAAAUCUAAGAGCACUUCGUACUCAUGUACGUUUUGCCCACGAAACGGGCUACAUACAUAAAUGCACAAUGUGCGAUAAAGCAUUUAAAAGACCAGAAGCAUUAAAGGAACAUAUGGCUACCCAUACUGGUACCCCUUUAUAUACUUGCCCUUGGUGUCCGAAAACAUUUAUAUCGAAUGGCAAUAUGCAUAAUCAUCGUAAAAAGUCUCAUCCUAAAGAAUGGGAAGAAGCUCAAAGACAAAAAUAUGGCGGAAUAUUUCCAUCAAAUUGUAAACCACCAAUUACCGUGAAUACAAAUAAUACAUUGUAAUAUUUAUGUAGGCGAAGGUUUUAUUAAUAGAAUUAAUUUAAUAUU